UGUAAAAAGGCCUAUCUCCAAAUAUAGUCACAUUCUGAGGUACUAUUGGUGUGGGCUUCAACAUAUGAAUUUGGAGGAUUCACAAUUCAAUCCACAACACAUAGUUACCAAUUCCAGAAUGUAUCUUUCUGGUUACAGUUGUAUGAAAAUAUUUAUCUGUAAACAUGCUUUUGUGCCUCUUGCAUACAACUCUUCCAGAGGAAAGGCCUGGCUAAGAGUAAGAGAUGAUUGAAAAAAAAAAAAAAAAACUUUACUGAUACCUUUAUCAUUCCUGGGACAGUCUGCUGAUUUAAUACUCAGCAGAUUGUCUUCCUUUAUAUUGUAUCUUUUUUAUGUUGCAUGUUGCUUUUGGUAUCACCCUGACUCUUUGCCCAGUAUAUGAUAGUUCUGCUGAUGUUUUAUUGUUUAUUGGUGAACAUACCCUCAUUAAGAGUUUUUGGAAAACUCAUCAAAUUCAAUGAAUACAUUUUCUUCAUAACCCAUUUGGAAUUAUUCCUAAUAAAAUGAUAAAACAUAAAAAAAAAAAGAGAUGAUUGAAAAAAUAUAAAGUUAGGAUUACAGAACAGGACACACUGCUUUUGUAACAUUGGAGAAAAAAUUAAAAUUUUAAAAAAAUUAAAAAAUUAAAACCUGGCAUCUCAGAAGGCUUGAUCUUUGUUCUUCACAACAUUCCUGGAAGCUUCCUCUUUCUGAAGGAGAAUUCUCAGUGCUGCUUUUCCACAUGCUGUGAGUUCUUUGAGUUCAUACCGACAACAGAGGGCGGCCCCAGCUCCAGCACUUUUCAGGAAGAACACCUUCAAAUGUCAUCCACAUUGGUGAGAUGGAUAAAUUUGUACCGUGAAUAAGCAAAACUGUUAGGAACUCACUGCCUUCAGGCAGUCCCUCAGAAGCCAAGGACUCCAGGAAGUUUUCAGAUGGAACUAAAACACCAGGGAAGGAGGCCUCACGGUGGGAGGCCACAUUGGGAGCCCAUUAACCUAUACUCCCUGACUGAUGUAUGUCCUGCUGGGGGUACCCUAACAUUGCAAAUUCUUUUUGCAGGGGUACCACCUGUGCCCUGGGACUAUACUUUUGCACGUGACCUUAACUAUCAUGACACUGCCUCAGCCCUGGAAAGCAUUCAGCAUAUUAGCCAGAGUUGUACUGUCCCUGAAUUGAUGCCAUAGGGUCAGAUAAAAAAGGUCCAUAGAGAAACUUAUGGAGAAAGCCACCUGGUUUUCUAAGAUAGACUUCUAUGGUUAAUGGGAUUUAUUUUAACUGGCUUAAUCCAAGACCCCUAACAGGCAGACCUGAGGUCCAUACUGCAGGUUUGUCUCAGCUUUUUAGAUGGGGUCCUACUGAUGAUAAUUUUGCUGCAAAGAAACCUUAGCAAGGAAGUAGACUGUACAGAAGAGAUAAUAAAGCAGGCCUGUGACUGCUCUCCUUAGACCUGUUUGCAAGAUUGGCCCUUGACUGGCAUCUAGGAGCUUGGAUUUCAGGAGGGUUCUUACCAUUUGCUAAAUGAUAAUGGUGGCUCACUAGGCCUAAACUGUUUGUGCAAACAGUGUGGUUUAUGCUGAACACCAGCUUUCCUUCUGGGAGUCUGGGGUUUUGUUAUGUGUUAGAGGAUGAUGAUAUGACCAGUGCCAAUAAAAACCUUGGACACUCAGUCUGCAGUGAGCUUCCCUGGUACACAACAUUUCACAUGGGCUAUCACAACUCAUUGCUAGAGGAAUUAAGUGUGUCCUGUGUGACUCCACUGGGAGAGGACUCUGGGAGGUUUGCACCUGGUUUUCUCUGGUUUGGCCCAUGUGCCUUUUUCCUUUGCUGAUUUUGCUUCAUAGCCUUUCACUGUAAUAAAGCAUAGCCAUUAGUGUGACUGUAUGCCAAGUCUGUGACUCUCCCAGUGAAUCUUCAGGCUGGGAGGUGGUGUUGGGUACCCCCAGCACGGCACAAGGGAGACAUGUGGGGUGAUAGUAGUGUUCUCUUUCUCAAUCUGGGUACAGUUUAUAAUGGGUGUGUCUGUUUGUGAAAAUUCACUGAGCUGUACAAUUAUAUGUACAUCUUUCUGUAAAUAUAUUAAAUUUCAACAAAAAGUUAAAAUAGAAGAAUUUACACCCAUAAGGAUACAAAAUAAUAACUUAAUUUUUAAAAAUCUUACCUUCAUUCAGCAAACAUUUUAGUAAUACACCUUUUUACCAAGCAUUGCACUGGGAGCUUGGGACAUGGGUGGAAAAGACAGCAUCACUGACAUCAUUAUCAGUCCAGUUAAUUGAGAGGCAGGUAAAGGAUGCUUGCAAUAUGGCUGAUUUUUGCUGGGCUCCAUCACGGGCCUCACAGGGUGCAAAAGGGGGGGACAGAGAAAAAGCUUCUAACUUGGGUAUUUUGCUGUUCCAAGGUUGCCACUGAAGUACUUAUAGAAGCCUGACAGGCAAACGGGCAAGGAAGGGUAGCUAGGAACUGUGGCAAACAGAGAGUUGCUAGAGCUUCUGAUUUUUUUUCAGGACAAGUCACAAACCUGAAUUUUUAUGUGAGCUCUCUUUUUAAAUCCUAUAAAUGAGUUCCAAUUUUAAAAAGUAGGAGGCCAAACAAAACACCCCUGCAGGACACAUUUGGCCAUGACCUGCCAGUUUAUGAGGCAUUCUUGCAACUGUCUCUCCCACUGGCUAAAAACUUGAGUGUCCACUAUUUUAAGCACUGGGAAAUACAGUACAGCAGCAGGCCAGGCAGCUUUGUGGCAUCAUUGGGGACUCACUCUGGUAUCCUGUUUCUCAAGCUUCAGUGUGUGUGUGAAUCACCUGAGUAGGCUUGUUGAAAGGCAGAUUCUGACGGGGGUCAGGGAUGGGCCUGAACAUUUGCCUUUGCCUUUCUAACAAGCUCUCAGGUGAUGGUGAUGCUGUGGGUCCCUGGACUAUACUUGAAGCAGCGUUGCCCUAUGUUACAGAGGGGCUAUGGAGCAGCAGUUAUUUGAAGAAGGGAUGGGGACUUGCCUUUAAGGUGCCUUUUGUCUGGCAAGCAUCCUGUUUCUACUUAGAUUUUAGUUUAUUUGGGGUGGCUUGGCAGAGAGCUGAUAGCAUCGGAGGCAAGUGCUAAGGUUAUCCUAGGCUGCCUCUCGGGCGCUGCCAGGUCUCUGUUCUUAGAGUUUAUAUUCUACAAGGUGGGGUGGGGGGUGGAGGAAGGUAUUAGGGAAAGCUUCCUGGAGAAGGUGCAAGUGAAUUGCCGGAGCUUCCCGGCUGGCCGAGAAGGGGAGAAGUCCUGAAGGAAUUCCCCUUCUCCUGGGGCUGGGUGUGGGCAUGUGGUUUCCCAGGAUAUCCCACGUGCCUGCUGUCUGCACGCCCCUGUCAAUCAAGUUUUUCCCCCUGCUGAGUCCGUGUUUAAAGGCGGCUGCGGUGUAGAGCGCUCCCAUGGUGCCGCGCGGCGGGCGGGUUUGGAUUUUAAAUCCCCGCGGCCAAUCAGUGGCGCGCAGGCUUUUGUAACGUUCCCAGAGCCGCGUUUGAAUUCGGGGAGGAGAGGAGCUGUGCUGCGCCUCUACCCCUAUCCUGCUAAGGCAGCUGAGCAACUCCAGGAGCAUGAGUGCAGCGGCGACUGCAGGGAAGCUGGCACGGGCGCAGACCGACCCAGCCAAAGCUGGGGUCCCUGGAGUUGCAGCUCCUGGGGCCCCGGCGGCCGCUCCACCGGCGAAAGAGAUCCCAGAGGUCCUAGUGGACCCACGCAGCCGGCGGCGCUAUGUGCGGGGGCGCUUUUUGGGCAAGGGCGGCUUCGCCAAGUGCUUCGAGAUCUCGGACGCAGACACCAAGGAGGUGUUCGCAGGCAAGAUCGUGCCUAAGUCUCUGCUGCUCAAGCCGCACCAGAAGGAAAAGAUGUCCAUGGAGAUUUCCAUUCACCGCAGCCUUGCCCACCAGCACGUCGUAGGCUUCCAUGGCUUUUUCGAGGACAACGACUUUGUGUUCGUGGUGUUGGAGCUCUGCCGCCGGCGGUCUCUCCUGGAGCUGCACAAGAGGAGGAAAGCCCUGACCGAGCCUGAGGCCCGAUACUACCUGAGGCAAAUCGUGCUUGGUUGCCAGUACCUGCACCGAAACCGAGUUAUUCAUCGGGACCUCAAGCUGGGCAACCUCUUCCUGAAUGAGGACCUGGAGGUGAAAAUAGGGGAUUUUGGACUGGCAACCAAAGUCGAAUAUGAUGGGGAGCGGAAGAAGACUCUGUGUGGGACUCCUAAUUACAUAGCUCCUGAGGUGCUGAGCAAGAAAGGGCACAGUUUCGAGGUGGAUGUGUGGUCCAUUGGGUGCAUCAUGUAUACCUUGUUAGUGGGCAAACCACCUUUUGAGACCUCUUGCCUAAAAGAGACCUACCUCCGGAUCAAAAAGAAUGAAUACAGUAUUCCCAAGCACAUCAACCCUGUGGCAGCCUCCCUCAUCCAGAAGAUGCUUCAGACAGAUCCCACUGCCCGCCCAACCAUUAAUGAGCUGCUCAAUGACGAGUUCUUUACUUCUGGCUACAUCCCUGCCCGGCUCCCCAUCACCUGCCUCACCAUGCCACCGAGGUUUUCAAUCGCUCCCAGCACCCUGGACCCCAGCAACCGGAAACCCCUCACAGUCCUCAAUAAAGGCAUGGAGAACCCCCUGCCUGAGCGUCCCCGGGAGAAAGAGGAACCAGUGGUUCGAGACACGGGUGAGGUUGUCGACUGCCACCUUGGUGACUUGCUGCAGCAGCUACACAGUGUCAAUGCUUCCAAGCCCUCAGAGAGAGGGCUGGUGAGGCAAGAGGAGGCUGAGGAUCCCGCCUGCAUCCCCAUCUUCUGGGUCAGCAAGUGGGUGGACUAUUCGGAUAAGUACGGCCUCGGGUACCAGCUGUGUGACAACAGCGUGGGGGUUCUCUUCAAUGACUCAACACGGCUUAUCCUCUACAACGACGGUGACAGCCUGCAGUACAUCGAGCGUGACGGCACUGAGUCCUACCUCAGUGUGAGUUCCCAUCCCAACUCCUUAUUGAAGAAGAUCACCCUCCUUAAGUAUUUCCGAAAUUACAUGAGCGAACACUUGUUGAAAGCGGGUGCCAACAUCACACCACGGGAAGGCGACGAGCUAGCCCGGCUUCCCUACCUGCGUACCUGGUUCCGCACCCGCAGCGCUAUCAUCCUGCACCUCAGCAAUGGCAGUGUGCAGAUCAACUUCUUCCAGGACCAUACCAAACUCAUCUUGUGCCCGCUGAUGGCAGCUGUGACCUACAUUGAUGAGAAGCGUGACUUCCGCACGUACCGUCUGAGCCUCCUGGAGGAGUACGGCUGUUGCAAGGAGCUGGCCAGCCGGCUGCGCUACGCCCGCACCAUGGUGGACAAGCUGCUGAGCUCGCGCUCGGCCACCAACCGCCUCAAGGCCUCCUCAUAGGCACCCCCGGACUCGUGCCCUCCCCGUUCCCACCAGCACGUGGGGCCUGCACUGGUCAGUGCCCACAGUGCUGUUUUUGCAAUGUGGCCCCCAGCCCUGGGGGCUGGGCAGAGAGCUGCAUUGUCCUUUCCCGUGGGGGUUGCUGUGUAUAAGUUAUUUUUGUACAUGUUCCGGUGUGGGUUCUAUAGCCCCUUCCCUUCCCUCUCAACCCCACCAUAUGAAUUGUACAGAAUAUUUCUAUUAAAUUUGGGACUGUCCUUUCCUUGGCUUUAUACACAUUAAACAUAUGUAAAUCUUC